AUGGCGAUCGCCGUCGACCAGCGCCACGGUUUCAAGCCGGCGGUUCAGAACCGGCGAUGCAGGCUCCGAUCCUUCCCCUACCCCGACAUGAACCUGUUCGAGCUCGACCAACUGAAGCCAUCCUCCGCCGGCCGCGCCACCGGCGCUACCUCCAGUUUCCACCGGAGCUUCUCUUCCCCCUGCUGGACGAGCUCCGGCGGCGCCGACGAGGCCUUCGGGCACAUUCCUCGGCUGGAGAUCAUCGCCGGCGGCGGAGUCCGGGGGCUCCACGCUCUAGUGGUGGAGGCGGCUAUCGCCAUGGCCGCCGGCACGCAGCUGGUUCCCGUCACCGGCGGCCACGGCGGCGCUUUCCGCCUGAGCAACCGCGGCGGUGAGAGCUUCGCCGUGCUGAAGCCCAUCACGGAGGACCCGCAGGAGAGCCUGAGUUUCCGGCGAUACUCACCGCAGAGACCAGACGCCGGCGUUCGGGAGGUCGCCGCCUUCAUCCUCGAUCGUGACCGCUUCUCCGGCGUCCCUCCGACGGCCCUCGUCAAGCUCGCCGCAGCCUCUCCGCCUUGGACGGUCGCCUCCAUCCAGCGCUUCGUCCCCCACCACUUCGACGCCGGCGACCUCGGCCCCUCCCGCUUCUCCGUCUCCUCUGUCCACCGCAUCGGCAUCCUCGACGUCCGCCUCCUCAACAUCGACCGCCACGCCGGCAACAUCCUGGUAAAAACCUCUUCUUCCUCCUCCGCCGCCGGCGGCUAUGGCGGAUACGGUGGCGACGACUGUGAGCUGGUACCAAUCGACCACGGGCUCUGCCUGCCGGAGCAACUAGACGACCCCUACUUCGAGUGGCUCCAUUGGCCGCAGUCCUCGGUUCCCUUCUCGGAGCAGGAGCUGGAGUACAUCACCUCCCUGGAUCCUUUCAGAGACGCAGAGCUGCUCAGAUCGGAGCUUCCCAUGCUCAGAGAGGAGUCUAUCAGGAUCCUCAUCCUCUGCACUGUCUUCCUCAAGAGCGCCGCCGCCGCUGGCCUAUGCCUGGCCGAUGUCGGCGAGAUGAUGACCAGAGAGUUCUGCGGAGUGGAAGAAGGUCCCAGCAAGUUGGAGUCGCUCUGCAGGCAGGCGGCGAAAACCCUAGAAGGAGGAGGGCUGAAAGGGGAAGGUGAAGAGAGAGAGUUCCAGUUCGAGCUGGAGGUCGCCGGCGACGGCGAGCAGGCGGCGGCGGUGAGGGCAGCGACGGCGGCGGCGACGGUGGAGGUCCCGCCUCUUCUGAAGCAGCAGAGGAAGCCCCCCAAGGUGCCAAAGAAGUCAACGGCCAUAGGGAAGCCCUCGAGCGUUGACCCUCCUUCCCGCCCCGCGGGAGAAGACGACGGCGGCGGCGAUCCCCCGGCGGCGGGAUGCCUGACGAAGAGUAUGAGCUUCUGCGUUUCCAGGAUCAGCCCGGUACCCGAGGAGGGCUACGUAUCGUUCAGAGGGACGAGCGAGGAGCAGUGGCGGCUGUUCCUCGAGGCAUUCGAGGAGCUCCUGCCAGCUGCACUGGAAGGGAGGAAGAGGCACCAGGGGCCCAAGCCCAGGCUGGGUACCUCCUGCUCCUUCUAA